AUGACGGUACUUGAUGAUCUCCCUCCCGAGAUCGUUUACAAAAUGUUCCCAUCGUUCUCUCUGCGAGAGCAGUUUUCUACGACCAAAUCGGAUGAAGAGCUCUCGAAAAUGAUUCAGCCAGUCUGGUCUUCGGCGUUCAAUCUUUCACGCACUUGCAAGAAUGAUCGCCAAAUGCUGGCUCCGGAGUUGUAUCGCAGCAUCAGUAUCCAUGGAUCCAACAGCUUCCAAAAGCUCAAGUGCUUCAUUCAGUUUCUGAUCAAUAACGAAGAUGUUGCCUUGACAGUCCGAAGACUGUAUCUACACUUGGUUCCCAGCAACACGGAGAACGGCGACUUCACAGAGGCGGAUCUCGAAUGGAGUCACUGGGCUGCCAAACAUUCAGGUGCUCCAUCGCCCCUUUACCUCUGGCACUCGGAAGAUGGCAAGCUUCUCCAAAUGUCGAAAUCUCAACGCUUCACAACUCGGAUCUUGCACCUUGGCAUGCUCCUCAAAAUCAUCCUUUUGCGUGUACACGGAGUGCAAGAGCUAGGUCUCGCAGUGCCGGGAGGCCUGUUUCGCGAUCAGUACGGUCCAUUGUCCAGAAGCGAGAUUGAUAGUUUGCUAUGGGGAAGAGAGCCGGGCCCCUCAGAUCCCCGCAAGAUUCAGACCUUUCGGGGUGUCCAGCGGCCAUUUCCGAAUAUCAAGAUGCUCGCUGUACGUCCGAGUUGCCUUCCAAAGAGUCAUCCAGACACAGGCAUAUCGCAUUUGGAUCUUGACCAUCUGCUUCAAUUCGCACCGAACGCCAGAUCGAUUUUCAUUGCAAGUCAGGAUGGACGGCCAGUCUCCCCUCUCAAUACCCACUCGCAAUGGGCCAAUGUUACUUGUCUUACCAUCACCGAGACCUUUUUGGACGAACAGAAGAUUCGCGGGAUGAUCCAAGGCUGCGCCUCCCUCGUCUCGUUCAAGUAUCUGAACUCUCGGGCAGAUACAUACGUUCCACACUGGCCUGUGUCACCCGAAGAGAUUGUCACUAUACUCUGGCAGCAUAAGAACACGACGACUACCCUCCUUAGUCUCUGCCUUGAUCUUAAUGACUGGUAUCGAGGAGAGUACGAGGCUAUCAGAAGUCUUUCAGGCUUCAACAACCUAGAGAAUCUCUGGGUCGAUGCCUCGACCGUAUUGAAAAAAGUCAAAUGUGGCUCCUUCAGUCGUUCCGAAAGGCACAAGCGACUGACACACAAGCUCAGCACAUCUUUUCCCCCCUCUAUCAAGCGUCUUCACCUGGCAGGUAACGAGCCUCAGGUUCGUCAUAACAUGUGCGAGGUGUUAACAGAUCGCGAGAAAUUCCCCAAUUUGAGAUUGGUUGAACUGGAGGACUUCGUUCGGAGAUUCCCAGAACUCUGGGAGCCUAAUCUGGACAAUAGCGAUAAAGAUGAUGCGGACCAGGGCGAUAUUGAUGAAAAAGGUGACAACUUUACUCUCUGGGCCAUGAAUGACGAAGGCGCCAAUGGUAGCGGAAGCUACUUGCAAGACGGUGAUGCGGAGGAGGGAGACAUCGGCAAGACCAUCAAGAACACAAACUUGUCGUACCAGGAACGGUUCAUUAGAGCGGGUAUCGAAUCUCCAAGCACAGUGUGCAAGCUUGGAGAGUUGUGGUAA